AUGACCACGGGGACCAUGGCUAUUGAAUCCUUCCGGCAUUAUAAUUUUUUGACAACCGAACAGCAUGAAACCCACCCAAGCAGCCCAUCUUGCCUCUCUACGACUAGAUCCACCCUGCGUCGUGUAGUCAUGCUUAACAGGUCAGCUAAGGUGUGUUCCUAUUUUCCACUGAUUGUGUUUGAUGUGUCUUUAGCUUGUUUACCGAAUCACUCUCCUUGUCUAUCGUUUUCUUCCCGUUUUACUUUAUUUAGCAUUUUGACAGAAGACUCCUCCAUACUCGCAAAGAAACUUCUAAAGCUUGGAGCUGUAUCCAGCCUUCUCUACGCUAUGGGUAAUCUGGAAUAUCCGGACAGCCAACGUCAGGCAAGCCUUGCUCUGGAAUUUCUUUGCCACGCGUUUCCUUCGGUCGACCAAGUGGUCCGUGAAGCAAUGGGUCCGAGUUUGUACAGCGAUUUUAUUUGUGUAUGAACUGACAUUUGACUGCUAACGUUUGACACCUGCGGUGAAGUUUCAUAUCUACGCUAUCGAUUCGGUGCGCUACAACGAAAACGGGGACUACGUUCUUUCCAUCGUGUGCAAACUUAUCCUAUCUGUUGAUAGUCUCAUUGUUUUUAGUCCCGAAUUGAUUUAUUCGGGCACCGUGGAGCAAGGUAGAAACUACACACAGCACAGAUCCGUGACAUCAUACUUACCUGGU